CGUGCAGCCAGCUCAUGUGGUUAACGCGAAUACACCACCUUCCUUUUCCCACACCGAGUUGGUCAUACCAAAUGGACCUCCGCCGCCGCUCGUGCUCGCUACGUUGCCCCCGUCCAACUAUCUGUCCGUGGAAUCCGUUGUGCAUCUCGAUGUUCCGGAGACCAUUCAAAUGGAGCAAAUCGCGAGGGAAUCUCAGGAGUGGGACCGUCAAUGGCAACAUGAGAUUGCCUACGUGUUACAUCGACUAUUUCGUCUAGGACUGCGGAUGAGGGAGCGAAAGUUCAAGCCCGCAUUGAGGAAGCGCAUCUUGAAAUGGAUGCGCAGAGAGAACGUCGAGGCGACGGCUUCCCCAAGAGAAGAAUUCUCGAUGAUACAUGUGGCAAUUCUCGUACCUUCACUGGUGGCAACCGCACCAGGACGUAGUUGGACGCAAAUUACGCAACAGUCCGCGCUGAAUAAAGCGAGAGAGAUUUUGUCAUCGAAGGAAUCCAUGAGGGAAGCAAUGCUGCUGGAGGGGCAGGAAGCGUUGGACAUGGUGGAUCUGCUGGAUCAGACAGCGGACGUGUUCUCAGGCAUUUAUCGUCAACGGGCGAUGUGGCUUCUAAGCAGACUCUGCAAGAGAUGCGGCCUGCUUCCAAGCUCCUGCUGCAUCUCAGAGGUACUGCAGCGCAUAACUCGCGAUCCAUUGUUCACCGGAGGUUUUGCCGACGUUUAUCGUGGUCAAUUGGGGUCGAGGGACGUCGCGCUGAAGGUCCUGCGGGUAUUCGGAGGGAGCUCCGGUAGGAAUGACGUUCUCAAGGCAUUCUGCAAAGAAGCAGCCCUAUGGAAGCGAUUGCGACAUCCGAACGUGGUACCAUUCCUCGGAGUGUCAACCACAGCGUUCGAAGGAAGGCUAUGUCUCCUUAGCCCUUGGCUCGCACACGGGCAUGUCAGGAUGUAUCUGGAGGAUCAUCCCGACUCGAAUCGCCUCAAGUUCCUCUUGGACGUUACGCUGGUCCUUGAAUACCUGCACAGCUUGCGAGUCACUCAUGGGGAUCUUAAAGGUGUCAACAUUCUCAUUGAUGAUGAUUUGAGGGCUCGACUUGCGGACUUCGGAUUGACCGUGAUCAGUUCCGAUCCUUCCGUGGCACAAGCGAUGGACGUCACGACCGCCAUGCAGGAGGCGGGGUCAACCCGGUGGAUGGCGCCCGAACUCUUUGACCCCAGCGUACCUUGCGCACCGAACACCGCCUCCGAUAUAUAUGCCCUUGCGAUGGUCUUUUGGGAGAUCUUUGCCGGAGAAAACCCAUUUCCCGAAAUGCGCAUGGAGCCUGCUGUAAUUCAGAAGGUUUCUCGAGGAGAUCGCCCCCCUCGUCCACUAUUCGGUUUAUCCUUAGGGCUGUCAGAUCCGAUAUGGGCUUUGAUGGAACGAUGCUGGCAACAUCAAAGUGCUCUUCGUCCGGGAGUGGAGGAGAUCGUUCCAAUUGUCCAAAAGGCGCAUGCUGCGUUCAUUCCAGCGCGCGCUACGAUGCCGAGGAAACCAGAUGCAAACGAUGAUCGUUCUUCGUUGGACGCAUUGUUCGUCGACAAGUAG